AUGGGUGGAUUGCAGACUGAGAGGCUGAAGGACCUCAAGCAUCGGGAGUUUGCUCGCAACGUGUCCUCCAAAUCAUGGAAGGACCAGCGCAAACAGGAGAAGGCUCUCAGACGCCUGCACCAACUUGCACAGCUGCAACAGGAAACUCAGCGAGUCCCGGGGAGGAGUUACGGGCUGAGAAGUACAGUCAGGGCUGUGUGCCAGUCGCAAGACAGAGACGUGGACCAAAGAGACCGCAGCCCUGACGACAAGCCUCGACCUUUCAACCACACCCAGAGACCCCGUCAUGCACAAUCCAGGACGGCUCGUCUCCAGGGAGAGGAUCCAUGCCGAUCUCUGUGCCAAAUACCGUUGGCUACGGCUCCAGCAGAGUCCCCACUAAUCGCACACCCGGAAUCCAACAUAGACCCUCAUGCAGUGAACCCACCGCCCUGCCCAGGCUUGUUUCCCCAGCUGCCUCUCCCUGGGCAGGAGAGGGUGGGGGGCAGACUUGGGGUGUCCUUCUGCUUCUCACGCAGGGGACCCAGGCUGGAGCCCUCUGCGUCCGUCUUCUCCGACCUCGAGGAGGAGGAGCGAGAGAAGAGGGAGCAGAUGAAAGAAAGGAUAAAGGGAAUAAUGGAAGAUAUGGACAGGGAGAUUGGAGCAGCAGAGGAGAGGAAGCACAGUAAGUCUGGCUCUAACAGUGUUAGACCAAGCGAUAUGGGGCUAAUCCCCGGAGAGACUGUGGGAGAAGAGGAAGAGACAGAAAAUACAGACUUUGUGGAAGAACCCUCUCCUAUUUCCACAGAAUCACCCGAUAACCAGAGCCACAAUUCAUUAUCGUCACCAUCAGAGACCCAGGUGACCACACAGGGCGGGGAGCUAGCAGGGUCACACAUGGACACCGAGCACACAGACAGCGAGACAGAGCGAGAGCCAGAAACAGGGACCGGGAGGGAGGAGAGUCAGCAUGUGUGUGUGCUGGGGAGAGACGGCUCCACUCCUGUGAGAUGGCCUGUCACUUUACUGAAGUUCACCAAGUCUCAACCGCACAUUUCCUACAGCUGCAACCCAGUCUGCCUGAACCCCCCACGACCAGAGCCGCUCACAGACGAUCUGCAGGUGUCACCGCAGAAUCGGUUGUGUGCUCUCUCGGAUGAAUCGAACCCUCGCGUGUCAGUUAUUCUCACAUCAGACGCUGACUCCUGUUUACGAAGACAGACACGACGUGAGUUGAGAGCAGCGGGACAGAAAAUAGCUGAGGAGAAUUUCAAAACGGAGCAACAUAUCUCUGCGGAGACGAAAGCACACCUGUUCCUGAGAAAACACCUUUCAUCAUCCGAAGCAGGACGAGGAAGGGAAAGCUGCAGUCUAAGUAUGGAAACCUGUGUGAGGGCAGCCUCCCAUCCGUUUGACCCUGCCCACAGUGACAGCUCAGACACAAACUCCCAGAAUCCUCCGGGAAGCAGAUUAGGGGUUGCGAGUGGGAUCGGGGAGAGAACCAUCACAGCCCUGAGCUGUAAAUUAGAGUCUGUCACCCAGCCUGGCACACAGGGGACGUGCAUUAGCCCAUCCAGGUGUGAGUGUGGGAGUGAGACAACGUGCGAGUGUGCCAGCGCAGCGCAGCCGUUCGGGGGGGUCUCGGAAGUGUCACGCAAAGAGAGGAAAGCCAGCACAAAGAAACACAAGCUGGGAAAGAGGAAGAGGAGCGAAAAGGAAAACGCUUCAAACAAGCGCCAAUCAGCGAGUUGCAAAGUGAGGAGCGUUGUCUCUGCGGUCUCAACUGUCAGAGACGGGAGGGGAAAAGCUGGAGGGAGCUGGGGGAAGAAGGGGAGGCAAAGGGAGAGCAUGGAGACGAGGGUGAGGAGAGCGGGGAGCAGCUGUCUGCUGGGGAGAAGUGAGGCCGAGCCAGUCUCUGUCAGGAAGAGGAGGCCUCACAGGAGCCACAGCAUUGAAUCCCAGUCACAGGCAGAGCACUGCAGUACCCACUCCCAUCUCCGCAGGCACUCAGCAGACAGGGACACCGAGGGGGGGAGGAAGCCAGAAGGAGCUGCUGUGACUUUUCCGUGGCGCUCUCACGUCUCCUUACACUCCCUCGCACCAGGAUGUAACUCAAAGCUGUUUUGGGAAAGGGGUCACCAUAGCAACCCCAGGAGUUUCAUUGACUGCUGUUACCCUGACAACAGCUGUGGUAGCAGCCCGGCGAGAACGAGAGAACCCCCCCACAAGGACAGAAAAUUCGUUCAUGGCAUGAGGAAGAGUUCGAGGCAUCGUGAGGUCUGGGAGGAGAGGGGCAGGACCGUGGGAGGGUAUUCAGGCUGCAGAGACAGAGGCCCGAUAUCGGAUACAGAGCAGUGGGAGUGGAUGAGAGGAAGCUGUCCUGGAGGUAGUGAGGAGGGAUGGUCAAGGACCGGCUGGAGAUCAAGAAACAGAGCAGUAGAGAGGGAUCAGGUGAUGAGGUUUAGCCCCAGUCCCAGCCGCUGGGGCAGGAGAAGCAGACAUCUUAGCACCGAAGAUGUCGAUUGGGACAGAUGCAGUGUGGACAGAAGCAGUGUCGAUAGAUGGACGUGGGGCAGCAGUGACAGCUGGGAAGACCGGGGGGCACAUGCAAUCACAUCCGGCUCCAGGACGGUGGCAGACAGCAGAGACGGUCUGGGCUGCGCGUGGAGAUGUACCGGCACCAGAAACUCAAGCUCCAGACACUUCUCCAGCCCUGAGUGGUGGACAAGCAGGCAGACGUACAGCCCCCAGAGGGUGAUCCACACACGGGCCAGCAGAUGUUACAGCCCACGCUCCUGCAGCCCCUGCAGCAGCACCAGCAUGUCUGAGCUGAGCUGGGAGUGGAGCAGGAGCAGCACCUGCUCAGGGAACACAGCGGACGGGCUGACAGUGAACUCCGGCAGGACGUCUUCAGGAGCUGCAGGAAACUCAUCCGAAGCCCCUCAGGAGGCAAAGAAGCAGAGAGGCUCCACGUCCACUUCAUCCGGCCUUACCUCCAGUUCCCUCUCCCAUUCCUCCCCCAUCAAAUCCUUUAUUAUUCCCACAGUUUCAGGCCUUAACGUGCACCUUUGUGAAACAAAUGCUUCACAGUUAGAAGAGCCCAAUUCACAGUCUGACCUUAGACCCUCAGCCCCUGUCACCACCAGCAGCUCAGGCACAACUCUUGCAGGACUACCCCCCAGUAAGUCUCUGCCACAGAAACAAGCCAGGACACUGCUUCUCCCUCUUAUCGGUAAGCUCCCUGCGAUCCAGAGAAGGGCCAGGAGGAAAAAGUGGCUGAUGGAGAAAGAGGGAGAGGAGGAGGAGGAAGCAAAGCGAACUGGAGUGGGCCCCGGAGCUGUCGUCGUCAGGCAGACUCAUCCUGUUGACGUGGCUGAGUCAAACCCCAGCAACACGCCAAAUCUCUGUCCAUCACAGAUUAGGACCGAUGACAAACAGACAGGUGGAGGGACAGCACCGCCAAUCAGCUUUACCGCUGAGGAGAUGGCCAAAUAUCGCCUCCUGCAAGAGCAGGCGAGAGAGCACAUGCAGAAAGUCCUGGAACGGACGCAGGAGAGUGCAGAUACACACACGGAGACAGACUACACACACAGCGCACAGGCAGACGACUGUUUGACGUCAGAGGAACGAUACACACCGGUACCCUUGCACAACCCCCCACAGCCUCAGGCCCAGUCGAUUCACACUGACACGAUGCAAACGCAAGCACAACACGGCCUCCAGAUCAGCCUCCUGCUCCCGCACGUGACCCCACAGGAGAACUUCACUCGGGCCAUGGCUCUCAGAGUCCCCAGCCUCCCCCCUCUCCCAGCACCCCCCCCUCUCUCCGGCCUCCAUCACAUCAUUUUACAGCACGCAGCCCUCUCCUUGCCCCCCUCCUCCUCAUCCUCGCCCGCCGCGGCCCCUUCCGCUGCCAUGCACCCGCACCCGGCUGCGCUCCCUCACCCGCUUCCGCCGAUCCACCACUCCCUCCCCCAUCGGCUUCACCUCUCGCCCUUCUCCAUCUCCACCCUGUUUCCCUCCAUCCUCCUGUCCCAUCACCCCAUCCCGCUCCUCCCUCACUCGGCCGCCUUCCACGCGACCCCGCUCUCUCAGCUCUCCCCAGUGGCUCUGCAGCCCUUGAACCCGCAGCCUUUCAUGGACACAGUGUGGCCGGUGAGGUUUCAGCAGAAGGCGUUAUGA